AUGGGUUCCCUAUCCGUAGUUCUAUUGGCUUUAUGCCUCGCAGCUGUCUCGGCUGUGCCCGAGAAGCAACAAAAGAUUGUCGGUGGAUCAGUUACAAAUAUUGAGCAAUAUCCUUUUGCUACACCUUUGUUGUACUCGUGGAAUUCAGCUAGCUAUAGGCAAGCUUGUGGUGGUACCAUUAUCAACAACAGAGCUAUCCUCACUGCGGCUCACUGCACGGUCGGGGACUCACCUAACAGAUGGCGUAUACGUGUUGGUUCCACAUGGGCCAACAGUGGCGGUACCGUUCACAACUGUGCUCAAAUCAUCAACCACCCUAACUACAAUGGUCGUACGUUCGACAACGAUGUUUCUGUAAUGCGUGCUGCCUCCACCUUCUCUUUCAGCAAUAGUGUUCGAGCUGCAAGUAUUGCUGGUGCCAACUACAACCUCGGUGACAAUCAGGCUGUAUGGGCUAUUGGAUGGGGAACCACUUCGGUUGGAGGAUCUGCUUCUGAGCAACUGCGCCGUGUUCAGAUCUGGACUGUCAACCAAGCUACAUGCAGAAGCCGCUACGCUGAAGUAGGCAUGACUAUCACAGACAACAUGUUGUGUUCUGGAUGGCUCGAUGUCGGCGGUCGUGACCAGUGCCAGGGUGACUCCGGUGGCCCUCUUAUCCACAACAAUGUCAUUGUCGGUGUAUGCUCAUUUGGUCAACAGUGCGCUCUUGCCCGAUACCCUGGUGUCAACGCUCGCGUUUCUCGCUACACAUCCUGGAUUCAAUCAAACGCUUAA